CCCCCCGCGGGUGCCGGCGGCGGGGCGCGGCGGUGACGCGCGGCGGUGACGCGCGGCGAUGACGCGCGCGGACGAUGGGGCAGGCGCUGUGCGUGUGCUCGCGCGCCACCGUCAGCAUCGGGGGCGCGCGCUACCUGCUGCUGCACCGCCUGGCGGAGGGGGGCUUCAGCUGCGUGGACCUGGUGGAGGGGCUGCGUGACGGGCGGCUGUACGCCCUGAAGCGCAUCGUGUGCCACGACAGGGAGGACCGGCAGGCCGCCCUGCGCGAGGCGGAGAUGCACGGCCUCGUGCGGCACCCCAACGUCCUGCGGCUGGAGGCGCACUGCCUGGUGGAGAAGGGCGCCAAGCACGAGGCCUGGCUGCUGCUGCCCUACGUGCAGGGGGGGACCCUCUGGGGCGAGGUGGAGGCGCUGCGAGAGAAAGGGGCCUUCAUGCCGGAGCAGCGCAUCCUCCUCAUCCUCCACGGCAUCUGCUGCGGGCUGCAGGCCAUGCACAGCAAGGGCUACGCGCACAGGGACCUCAAACCCACCAACGUGCUGCUGGAUGAGGACGACCGGCCCGUGCUGAUGGACCUGGGCUCCAUGAACCGGGCCCGCAUCGAAGUCACCAGCUCUCGGGAGGCCAUGGCCCUGCAGGACUGGGCUGCCCAGCGCUGCACCAUCUCCUACCGAGCCCCGGAGCUCUUCACGGUGCCCAGCCAGUGCGUCAUCGACGAGCGCACGGAUAUUUGGUCCCUAGGCUGCGUGCUGUACUGCAUGAUGUUCGGGGAGGGCCCCUACGACAUGGUCUUCCAGAAGGGCGACAGCGUGGCUCUGGCGGUGCAGAACCCCAUCGCCGUGCCCCCAUCUUCCAGGUACUCGGCCGCCCUGCACCGCCUGCUCUCCUCCAUGAUGGCGGUGAACCCCCAGGAGCGGCCCAGCAUCGACGAGGUCCUGCAGCAGCUGGAGGGGCUGCAGCCUGCGCCGGCCGGCCAGGUCACCACGUGCAUCUGAGCCCGUCCCACCCCGCGGCGGCACAGGCCGAGCUGGGAGAAGAGCAGCUGCCCUCGGCCCUGCUUCCCUGCAGGGCUUGUUUCAGAGGGGAUUUCUGCACCCGGGGGAGAGCUGCUACGUGCCGGAGGUGUGUUGGACUUGGAGCGUGGCCUUUGGGGGUGUGUGCUGGGGGUUUGUGCCCCAAACGCUGCUGCUGGGGACUCGCACAGCCCAGGGCU